GAUCCUAAUCAAUGGGAAAUAUUGCAAUAGGAAUAAAUUCAAAAAGAAAUCCUGCUACAUUCUACAAGAUAUAAAUCUACACCGUGAACUAACCACUUUGGAAACACUAAAAAUAGCAGCUGAUUUCAAAUUUCCAUCCAUAGUUUCAGUGGAGGAAAAAAUGGAAAUUGUGCUAAAUGUGUUGCGAAUUCUUGGCUUGACUGCAAAAUCAUCCACACGUGUGGAGCAUUUAUCUGGUGGGGAGUGCAAACGACUCUCAAUUGCUCUGGAUUUACUUACGAAUCCUCCUGUGAUGUUUCUGGAUGAACCAACAAGUGGCUUAGAUAGUGUUUCGGCUGUUCAGGUCAUUACGCACCUCAAGGACUUGGCAAGAGCAGGAAGGAAUGUUAUCUGUGUGAUUCAUCAACCAUCAUCGAGACUUCUCGAACUAUUUGACGACAUCUUCAUCAUGUGCAACGGGCAAUGCAUCUACAAUGGGCCUCUAGAUAGUAUGGUGGCAAAAUUUGAGGAAGCUGGCUUUGAGUGCCCACAAUUUUACAAUAGAGCCGACUUUGCACUUGAAAUUGCAACGGGAGAACGACUAGGAAGCUUGGAUAAUCUCAUUAGCAAAGCAACAAGAAGAAUUCAUUGUGUAACCGGUGAAAUCCUUAAAGAUCAGGAGAAUUUUCAGGAAGAAUAUUUAGAAUUCACUAAAGUGCUCGAUAAACAAGAAAGAAAACGAAGAAGUUUGAACAGAGAUAUUGAUCAGAAAUAUCCAAUAUCGCAAUGGAAACAAUUUCUUAUUUUAUUAAAGAGAUCAUUCGUCUGUAUUUCCCGGAAUUUUGUAGUAACACAACUGAAGAUUUUAACACAUCUUUUUAUUGGAUUAGUCGUUGGUUGGAUUUAUUACGACGUGGGCAAUGAUGGUGCAAAAGCUACAACCAAUAUUUCUCUUCUUUUCUUCUUAAUUAUGUUCUUUUACUUUGGAAACGUUAUUCCAAUUGUUCUGCUUUAUCCUUCAGAAUCUAAAAUUUUCUACAGAGAAUACCUAAACAACUGGUAUGGUUUCCUUCCAUAUUUUUAUUCGAAAAUCAUAGUGGAAAUCCCGUGUUUGGUGAUUUCAACAUUUUCAACCCUCAUUCCAAUCUACUACCUCACAAAUCAACCAAUGGAGAUCGACAGAUUCUUCCUUCUGGCUAAUAUCCAUCUCCUAACAAUGCUGAUAGCCCUCUUUGCCGGACUUGCAACCGGGACGCAAUUUGGCACAGAAAUAGGAAUGUUCUUUAUGCCAUCCUCUGGAUUGAUCUUCGUUGUUUUCUGUGGCUACUACAUACGUUACAAUGAACUAUCACCCAUCCUACAACCCUUGACAUUCAUCACAUUCUUCCGGUACAUAUUUGAGGGUUCCUUUCAGGCAAUCUAUGGCUUUGAGCGUCAAAAUCUCGAUUGUAGUCAAAUCUUUUGCUAUUUGAGAUCUGUGUCCAAGAUCCGUGAAGUCAUGGAUAUGACCGAAAAUACGUAUCUAUUGGAUGUUUUGGGGUUAAUUGUGUGGAUUCUAGUCUUAAAAUUUCUCUUUUUCAUUGCUUUGAGGCGUAAAAUUAAAAAGUUUACUGAUUAAUGUGCUUGUUUUGUUAAGUAUGUGUGGGAAGGACUAGAAAAUGUAGUCAAAAUCGAACUUCUUUUUAUUUGAUUUAAUAAAUAUUCCGACUGGACUUUUUGUGAGGGAGGAGUUUGUGAUGACACAAUUCAAUUCCACAGCGUAUCCAAGGUAAUGAUCGAAGAAACCCUGCAAAACCCCACAUUCCCGGAAGGAAAGCCCUUCA